AUGAGCAAUGCAGUGCGAGCAAGCUUACGACAGGCAGGUCUGCAAGACUCAGUCAGAGUAGUGGACAUACCACCUGUAAACCUGAAGCAGCAGCUAGUCCGCAAUCGCGCAUAUGACGGACUUUGUGAGACACCGAAUUGCAUCGUUUGUCCAAACGGGAGGCAGGGCUCUGAAGAAGGCGACGACGCCGAAACGUUAGCCACAAUAAAGAUCAAUAACAAUCUUGGUUCUGCUUAA